AUGUCUUUUCUACAUUUGGCAUCUACUGCCAAUUCGUCGUCAUCAUCAACACCAUCAUCUUAUUUACAUGUAAAUAGUAAUGGUGGAGUAUCAACAAUACCAUCAUCAUUAAAUUCAAAUUCAGCAUCUCUACUUGGAUCUAUUGGUAGUGGAAAACAAUGGACAGCAAUUGGACAGCCAACAUCAUCAACAUCAACGUCAUCAUUAUCAUCAACGUCAACGUUAGCACAACAAUUAUUAAUGAAACAACCAAAUCUUCUUAAUCUUCAUCAAUCAUCAUCACAUUUUGAUGGUAUUCUUGGAUCAUCACCUCAAACACAAAUGGAAAAAAAUUUUGAAUUACAACAAGAAGAUUUUCCACCAUUACCUCAUCGAAAUAAUUUUCAUGAACCAAUAUCAUCUUCAACUAGUAAUAUUCAACCACUUUAUCAAAAUCAUCAAACAAUAGCAAAUGGAUAUAGUUCAUCACAACAUUCACAAUCGCAAUCACCUAUUUCAUUUAAAACAUCAAUUGAUACAUUAAAUACACUGAUAAGUCGACAUCAAGCAUCUACUAAUAAUAAAUCAAUGUCAUCAUCAUCAUCGGGAGCAGCGCCAACAUCGCAAAUAUCAAUUCCAUCGUCGACCGUAAUAAAUACAAAUGGUUUACCAUCAACAACAAUAACAGAUCAAUAUGGUCUUGUUGGUCUUUUACAAAUGAUUCAACAUGCAGAAAAAAAUCCUGAUUCUUCAAUGUUGCUUAAUUUUGAUUUAACGACACUUGGACUUAGUAUGGAAAGUCCAAAUGAUUUACAUCCAUCAUUUGUUUCUCCAUUUUCUGAUAAUCAAGGUCGAGCAUAUGAAAUUGAUUAUCAAGUACCAGUUGAAUAUCAAAUGGGUAUGCAAAUACGUGAAAAAUUACCUCAAGUGAAUUUUUCAACAUUAAAUGAAGAUACAUUAUUUUUUUUAUUCUAUUUAUUUGGUAAUGAUUAUGUGCAAUUAUCAGCAGCAACUGAAUUAUAUAAACGUGAUUGGCGUUAUCACAAAGAAGAACGUAUAUGGUUAACAAGAAUAAAAAAUAUUAUGCCUGAUCAAAAAUAUGAUACGUAUGAAAUAGGUGUUUAUUGUGUAUUUGAUGUUCAACUUUGGCGUAAAACACAUAAAACUAUGCGAAUUGAUUAUGAUAAACUCGAUGGUCCAGUAUUGAAACAACAACAACAACAACAACAACCAGAUUUACUUACAUCAAAAUUUAUUCAACAACAAUAUGCGCCUGUAACAUCAUAUAAUACAAAUUCAUCGAGAUAG